AUGGAGUGUAUGCUGCCACCUGAUGCGUUCGUCGCGGCUGGACAUAGAACGUCUUCGGGAGGAGAAGACUUGACAAGGUGUGUGCUGGAUGCCGCGGAAGACGAGAUGACGCCAAGCAAGGAAGUUAACCAGACGCCGACACCACUGGCUGGAGAUGGGAGCGUUGUGCCUAAUUCAAGCGCAGAGAAUGAUCGCAAUAGUGUGUGUUACCAGUCUCCUGGUACGCCCAAACUGUCGAGAAGACCUGUGAGUCCCUCUUUGAUAGAACCUGUUAUCGAUGAUUCAAAGUGCAAAUCGCCAAGAAUGUCUAUGCAAGAUCGUGUCCGAAAGAGGCAGAACUUGUUGUCUAGCACCAUGCGGUUAGAUGUGUCUCACCUGGGUGAAGAGUCGGUGUUAUUAAAUGAGCGUGAUGACACAGAUGAUGUUCCAAUGUCAGGUGCGGCUGACCCCCUCUUGACAGCUUCGAUGCAUACACCGCUGAGAUCGUCACAGCGGGAUCUGGGCCAUUGUGGUGGAUUGGUACACAUCCCUGCAUUACGCAAUAAGGAUAUAUAUGUUAACGUGAGCGACGACGUCGUGAAGAAUCCCAUUCUGGCUAAAUCAGUACGUAGCAUUCGUAUGAAUGUGCCACUGGACCAAGACGAUGUGGAACGAUCGAGGAGAGUGCUUGGAGCGUCACGCUGUUGGACUGACAAAUUCGAUGAAAAUGGGCAUGAGUUACCUGGUAUCGAGGAGGACGAGGAUUACGACGAUAUAUUAGCGACGCAAACCCCGAUACGCAGCCUCACAACUCUGGUUCCUACACCUCGAUACGCCAAUGUUUAUGGCUCUGGGCGUGGUAUGGCCGUGAGUAGGGCCGGAGGUGUUGCGCGCAAUGCCAGUCCCAUAGGUACACCGCAACGAUCGGUGGGGGCUGGUACGACUGCCUCCACUACUCCUAACAGAUAUACGCAGACGAUGUUUGCAACUGGUGAUGCGAUGGAUCUAGAUGCCUUCGGAGGAGCGAGGAUUGAGGACAUGCGCAAAGACGAUGUCAACCCAAUGGUCUAUGCAACUUUGGGAAAGGGCAUGAUAUCAGAAUCGAGGAUGGGCACAUAUCUGUCUCUGUUAUACAAGCAUUUCAAAAACAUGUGCACGUUCAUCAGGCGUGCGUCGAUGCGCAGCGACCGACCGUACUUCAAGGUGGUACAGCUGAUGGUCCAACGCAUGACUAGGAAAGACUUUACGUUGGACCACCUGAGACAAAUAGCUUGGCUUGCACCAAAUUUGGUCACUUUGAAAUCAGUUAGCAUCGCGGAACCUAUACGCAAGAGGUACAAAACGGAAUAUAGCGAGUCUCGUGGAGACCACGUCAGUGAUGUCCAAAUACGGAUACAUAAACUAGACGGUAGACUCUGCUCUUCCACAAACGACUUUGAAAACACGUGUUACUGCUUCAAGAGCAUCAUCUGCGCAUGGAUAGCCCGGUGUAAGGCAGAAUAUGUGCAAGACCGAGGGUCGUGCUGUGGUUUCGACCCAGACAUGUCACUACCUAUUCCACUGGCCGCACUACCAACAAAGCAUUGCGGCGGCCUAGGUACAGAUGAUGCGAUACCAUUGCCGAUUUCCACCCCUACACGGCCCGCAGUUAAAUUGUCAAGAAACGUGGCAACGGAUGCAACCCAAUCCACUGCACUAUUCACCUCUAACAACCGUAGUGAUCGGGAUUUCGGCCACCUCUCUACAACCAAGAUGUGUUAUUCACCUGUUAGCGACAUAGGGUCAAUUAAGAGGUUGCGGGAUGAAACCAUGUUGCCUGUUUCGACCGACCUACUGGAUACACCAGGUAUGUGGCGCAUUAGGGAGAACGCAAAGCGCGUGGCGGCUGCCACAAACACUUCCUACGUCAAGGAACGUGAUAUAUCAUAUUGGAAGGAUGUGCGCCGGUUCCUGAAUGCAUUGGUUGACCUGUCAAUUUCCGACGAGCGUCCCCCAUUGUUGCGCCUGGACUGGUUGGCUGAGUUCAUGUCCAAACACGGGACUGGGAGGGCCACGUACGACAACGUGGCGGAUUGGGCAAACACUCUGGCCACAAUCGCUCCGGAUGUAAUCAAUGUCGGCAUUUCCAAGUUCGACGACUACAGCACAGUACUCACGCUACGCCCGCAACCGAUGUUCGACAACGCCAUCAGAUACGUCGACCAACAAAUAAACACGUGUAACAAAUGA